AUGGAAAACACUCGCAGGAUGCGCAGGAGAUCGCCCCUGCUCGGUGCACUGGUGCUGGCGUGUGUUUUACUCGUGGCGGAGAGUAAGAAACCCAAACAGCCGCGCUGCCCCUCAUCAUGCACAUGCACCAAAGAUAACGCGCUGUGCGAGAGCGCAGGGCUGAUCCCUCGCAGCUUCCCCCUGGACGUCAUAUCUCUAUCGUUCGUCAAGUCUGAAUACACCGAGAUCCCGAAGGAGAGCUUCAUACACACGCCUGCCCUGCACCUCCUCCUCUUUACAGCCAACAACCUGGAAUCUAUAAACGAGGACGCCUUCCUCGGCCUCCCUCAUCUGGAGUAUCUGUUCAUCGAAAACAACCAGAUCAAGUCGAUAUCGCCACAUGCUUUCCGGGGACUGAAAACCUUAGUGCACCUGAGUCUGGCCUACAACAAUCUGGAGACUCUGCCUAAGGAUUUGUUCGAGGGUCUUGAGGCCUUGACAAAAGUAGACCUGCGGGGGAACCAGUUCACCUGUGACUGUAAGCUCAAGUGGUUGGUGGAGUGGAUUCACAGCACCAACGCCACAGUGGAUCAGAUCUACUGCAAAGGCCCGGCCUCACAGCUGGACCAGAAGAUCAACGAUCUGGUGGCGCAGUCGUUCGACUGCAUCACCACCGAGUUUGCCUCCUACCAGUCCCUGAAGUUCGAGUCCAUAUCGGUGGAGGCCUUUUCCUUUGGGAACGAUCAGUAUGUGGUGUUUGCUCAGCCCUUUAUUGGGAAAUGCAGCUUUCUGGAGUGGGACCAUGUGGAGAUGGUCUUCAGGAACUACGAUGACAUUGACAGCACCUCCACAGUGAUCUGCAAACCUCUGGUUAUCGACAACCAGCUCUUCGUCAUCGUGGCUCAGCUCUUCGGUGGCUCACACAUCUACAAACGAGACACCUCCGCCAACAAGUUCAUCAAGCUCCAAGGCAUCGACAUCCUCAGAAUCCGCAAACCGAACGACGUUGAGACUUUCCGCAUCGACGGAGAAACUUUCUUCGUCAUCGCGGACAGCUCCAAGGCCGGCUCCACCACCAUCUACAAGUGGAACGGCAACGGCUUCUACUCGCACCAGUCGCUCCAUCCGUGGUACCGGGACACCGACGUGGAGUUCAUGGAGAUCUCCUCCAAACCUCACCUGAUCCUGUCCAGUAGCUCCCAGAGGCCCGUCAUCUACCAGUGGAACAAAAGCACCAAGCUGUUUGAGCGGCGCACGGACAUCCCGGAGAUGGAGGACGUCUACGCCGUGAAGCACUUCCAGGUCAAGUCCGACCUCUUCAUCUGCCUGACGCGCUUCAUCGGCGACUCCAAGGUCAUGCGCUGGGACGGGGCCCUCUUCCGGGAGCUGCAGACCAUGCCCUCCCGCGGCUCCAUGGUCUUCCAGCCCUUCGCCGUGGGCAGCUGGCAGUACGCCAUCCUGGGCAGUGAUUACUCGUUCACGCAGGUGUACCGCUGGGACGUGAAGAAGGGCACGUUUGUCCACUUCCAGGAGCUGAACAUCCAGGCGCCCAGAGCCUUCUCUCCAGUCUCCAUAGACAACAGGCAGUUCCUGCUGGCCUCCAGUUUCAAAGGGAAAACUCAGAUCUACGAGCACCUGGUUAUUGAUCUGAGCAAUUGAGUGAUUGUUUUGUUUUUUUCUGGCUGAUUGAUAGAUUAUAGGUAACUUUAGUGUUUUCUUUUUUUCUGUUUAAAGAAGACUGUUGCAGCAGAUGCAGCUCCGAACAUCACUGAAAGUAACUAACAGUUGAUCCUAACUUGAGAAAGGCAGGCAUUACUCUUUUUCUCUUUAUAAAAUCUUCCAUUGAAAUCAGUGCAUGGUUAAUAUAGAGGCACGUAUCUCAACCAAAUGUGUUUGGCUGAGAUGCACGUUGAGUUAAAUGCAUGGAUCUCAAGUUAGGAUUCAAACCCGAGACAUCAAUGCAUGACCAGGGCCUCACUCAGGCCAUCCCAUCAGAUUACAAAUGCAACGUCCAUCCUCGUUCAUAUUUUCAAUUCUACCGUUGGCCAGUAGCUUAUUUUGUUCAUGUUGGAUCAUCCCUUUGACUCAACAAAGUUUAUACAUUUGUAAUCUCAUAUAUUUAUCUACAGAGAGUAAUAACGAAAUGGUACUUUUUAACCGAUUAACAUGUUCAACCGAACAAAUCUGCCAAAACUAAAUGUUUACAUUUUUCUCUUUCCACUUGUUCGCUAAAAUCUUUGUAAAAAAAACAAAUGAAGCUUUUGUAAGUUUGAGAGGGACCACGCCAGUUAGAUCAAUAUUUGUCCAGGAGGAUGAUUUAAAAUCUAUCUUUAUCAUUUGGAGAAUUUCAACAGAGAUGUAGGAUGAGAGACAUUUAUAUCAUUAACGCUUUGUAUAAUGCAGUAUUGAAAAGUAUUGAAAAAUGCAGGUUUUUUUCAGAAUAACGUUUCGGGCAAACUUGGAACUAUUCUCGCACACUUACAAGGGACUGAAAUGAAAAACUGAGGAUAUUGUUCAUAACGCUUUACCUUCGACUAACAUGUUGGCAAAAUGCAUUUAUUGUGUCAUGAUUAGGAUUUAAGUUAUUGACUAAUAUCAUGUAAUUUAGA